UAUAUAUUAGCUAUUGCCUUUAAAUAUGUAAGAAAUAAAUUAAAGAAAAAUCAUAAAAUAUAUGUGUUUGUAGCUACAAUGAAUAAAAUAUAUAAAUUUUUUUUAAACACCAAAUAGCCAAAAUCCUAGAACGGACAACCUUUAGAGCAAACUAGCAAGUUGCUUGCUAGUCCGACAGGAUUCAAAAAUGCAAAAUUGGAAUCAAUGGCAGCUGUCAGCUGGUGCUGUUACAACUCCAGUGCCGCAGCCACCAGUUGGCUAUGCUGCAGCAGCUGGCGCAGACCCUAUAACUUUGAUGCAAAAUUGUAUGCAAUAUUAUAAUCAACCAGCACCAAGUGGAUAUACACCAGAGCAAUGGGCAACUGCUCAACAACAAGGCUGGGCUCAAUGGCAGCAAUGGCAACAACAAUAUCAACAAUGGCAAGCACAAUAUGGCGACAAGUACCAGGAGACAAUGAAGCAUUUAUCUGCGCAGAAUAUGAGUUUGUCAGGCCAAAUGCAACUGCCUCCAACUAUACAGCCACCGCCUCUCCCCAAAGAGGAUGUGCGACCUCCUUUACCCUCCGCUUUACCUACCACAAAUACAUAUCAAUUUGCAAACAUGCCACCUCCACAUCAAAAUAAUCUUCCGUUAUUCCCCAUAAAAGAACCUGCCAAUAAAACAAUAUCACAAGUGAAUGUGACAAACUAUCCUACGAAUCCACCGUUACCUACGAGCCAGCCACCCUUACCACCGGAAACUGGCGAGAGUAAGGAGAGUAUCUCGGUGGAAAAAUGUGGUAGUAAUGUAAUUAGUGAAUCCAAUAGUGCUAAAAAAUUAAAGCUCGAAGAUGACGAAUUGACUGAGGUUGAGAGAACAUUUGAUGAACAGUUUCAACAGUGGGAAGAGCAGUUUAACAAGUGGAAGCAGCAGAAUGCCAAUCAUCCGGACAAGAUUCAAUACAAGCAAUACGAAGCAAAGUGGACAUCGUGGCGUGAAAAAUUGAUUGAACGGCGCGAGCAAAUGCGUAAAAAACGUGAACAACAGAAACAAAUCGCAGCGAAAACGGAAGCCGAAAAGAAUAAGAACAUAUCUGGCGACGAUAAAAUAUUGAAUAUCUUAUCAAACACCAAAAAUCAACGAUUGAUUAAUAAUGUAUUGGAUAUCGGACAAACGCUGCUGGGUUUGACAGUAAAGCAAAGUACUACGGCACCUUUACCGCCCCCGCCGCCGCCGCCUCCACCAUUACCGGAAACUACAAAUUCUAACGAUCAACCUACAACUCAAGGAACGCAAUCAAUUUCGUCUCAAAUAAACAUGAUCAGCAGAUCUAAUGUGCCAUCAUGGUCUAAUCCGCAACAAUGGGGAAAUCAGCAAUAUAAUCCUAGAAUAGAAGCAGGAUACGGAACACCUACAAUGUCCUCAGCGUCGGAUGUUGGUCUACCUCAAAUGAUCUCACCAAAUUUUACACAGCCACCACCAAAUCUGUCAAACAAUCUCAUGCCAAAUUUUUCGCAACCUCCACCAAAUUUCCAUAAUGAUCGACCGCAAUUGCAAAAUGCGAGAGUGCUAGGUCCAGCAAAUAAAGAUUGUCCUCCAUUUACUUCGACUGAUCCUUCGAACAUGGACAUGCGUUUUAUUCAUCCAAACAAUCGAUCGUCUCAUAGUUUUGACGGACAGCUCAACUUUCGAAGAAGUGAUCAGGAACGUUUCGGACGAGAAGCUAAUAUCAAUUCAAAUAUAAAUGAGCAAGAUCAGUUUAAACCUACUGAUAGUUUUGAUAGAAUCGAAGCGCAACGCUUUAGAAGAAGCGAUACAAAUUACACUGACUUCGGGAAUAAUCAAUUGAAUUCACAGAAUAAUUUCAAUAUAAAUAACGAGCGAUUUGGAAUAGGAAAUGAUCGUUUUAAUAGAGAAAAUAAUCGAUUUGGACUGAUGGGAAGUGAUAGGUUCUUAUCGGGAGGUGAUCGAUUCGGAUCAAAUAAUGAUCGACUUGGUCUAGGAUCAGAUCGAUUCAGUAACGAGUGGCUUGGACCGGAUGGCGAUCGAUUUAAAACUGGUUUUGGGAUAGAUAAAGAUCGUCGUGGGCCUGCAAACGAUCAAUUUGGUCCAGAUAAUGAACGAUUUCCACCAGAUAGAUUUGCUUCAAGUGCUGAACGAUUUGGACCUGGGACUGAUAAUUUUUCCUCUGAUCGCUUUGGACCCAACAGCGAUCAUUUUCGCUCAAACGAUCGAUCAGAUCGAUUCAACAAAAGUAAUGUGGAUUAUUUUGAUUCAAAGGAUGUUACUGAUCAUAGACGAGAUAGUUUCGGUACUAAUCUUCGUGGUUUUAAUAGAAAUCCUUCAUUUAGUCCACCGAACGAGUUAUCACCGGAACUGAAGAAACUCAUGGAAAAGCGGAAAGCCGCCGGGGACGUAUUCAGACCUAGUUUUACUGAUUCCGACAAGUCUAGUAGUGUUGGUUCUCUCAGUGAAAGUUUCAAGAAAAUAGCUGGCGAGUCACCUUUUAAAAGUUCCUUUGAUCUUCAAAAGAAUUUACCAAAUCGUAGUGGAUCAAUGAACUUUUCCAACAGUGGACCAGUGAGCUCCAAUUUUCAAUUACAUUCCGAUUCAGGACAGAUUUCCACUUCAUUGUAUGGUCCACGAGGUCACUCUUUUAAGAAUGAUGAUGAAUCUUCUUUUAGAGGAUCUUCAGAUAACUUAGUCAAACAUCCUGUAGAUUAUAACGAACGAUUAGGAAAGGAUAUAGAUGUUAGAUCUAAUCAAUCCCAACCAAUCAAUAUUCACUCUCAAGUUUCUGCUAAACAUCUCGAGAAUAUUGAAACUACUGAUUCUGAUACUUUAUUAAAAACUGAUAACAUUGCAGAUUCAAAGACUGUAGAAGCUGUACCAGCGAACGAGGCUGAUAGUGCUGAGCAGAAAAAUCUUGUAUCUGAAGAUAGCUCAAACAAGAAUGAUGCAGAAGAGAGCAAGUUUCUCAAUAGUGAUACUAUUUUGCAGCAAGAUAAGGAGCAUGAUAAUGAUCAAAUACAAAGUAGUGCUGAAAAAAUAGAAGAGUCUAAUAACAGUAACGAUACCAAAAAGUCUGAAAGUUUACCAUUUAUGGGUGAAAACGAUCCACGACCGACAGAUUUAAAUAUUGAACCACCGCCAGAAUUGCCCAAUUUGUGCCUUAUUUCUACAAACUCCAAUCAGAACGCGUCGCUGAAUCCAAACGAAGAUUUUAAUAAAAAGGAACCAGCUGGCAAAUUUGAUGCGCGCUUGGAUCAUAACUUUGGAUUUAGAGGAAUGGAAUUUACAUCUAGCACACCGUUUGAACGGGGACCACCGAUGUUUGGUCCUAAAGGUUCUCACACAUUUCCAAUGGGUCCUGGUCCGAGUACGUUCCAGCCGCAAGGUCCUGCAGACACACAGUUGGCUCCGCGUGGUUCCCAUGACGGUCCUUUCGGGCCUAAUGCAUCUAGUGAAAGUCGAGGCAGUCCUGGGAGAUUCAACAAUGAGCAGUAUAGCGAGCGAGAUCGUAACGACGAAUCAUCUGAAGUGUUCAACAGCGGUCAAUUCGGCUCACGAGAUACCAUGAACGAGCAAUUUGGUUCGCGAGCUCUGGGAAAUGGAAAAUUUGGUCCAGGCAGACCUAUCGAUCUGCCAAGAGGCUCGAUUGAUUUGCCGUUUGCUGCGCGUAAUCCUAGCCAAUUUGGUCCUAGAGGUAACGAAAUGCAAUUUAGACCUAGAGGCGCUAAUGAUCGCUUAGAUUCUAGACCAAUUUUCGAAGGACCAUUUGGUCCGCGAGGAUUUAACGAUGGAUCAUGCGGUUCUAGAGAACCCAGUGAUAGUUUUUUCAAUACUCGACGUCUCGCUGAUCCGCAACUCGGCUCUGUUGGAUCCGGUCCUAACAGAUUCAGUAGAAUGAAUGAGACACCGUUCGAUAAGAGACCUCUCUUCGAUAAUAGCGGAGCCUUUGGAUUUCCUGCCGAUAGAACUCGAAGGUCCAACGAAGGAUCACUUGGUCUCCAUAGUUCUAAUGAUAUUCCGCUCGGUUCUCGCGAUUCAAAUAACGUUCUUCUUCAACGUAAUUCGAAUUUCAACGAGAAUCAAUUCGAAUCUCGAGAUCCUAACGAUGGCUCUUUUGGAUCAUCAGACUUCAAACCAAGAGGACCGAUGAGCGAUCCUAACAAUGCAAAUUUCCCAUCUCGAGGCGAUUCUUUUCACAAUCGUGGCGAUUACAUGCGUACUAAUCCUUACAAUCCUAGAAGAGAACAAUUUGAAGAUAACAUUCCCGUUAAAAAGGCUAGAUAUGAAGGUUCAAAAGCAGUCGAUGAGUUUAACAAAGGCUGUUCAGGAAACGAGAACAUUGACAUGGAAAUACGAAAGGACAAUACUGCUGAGUUUGCUGGAAAUACAUCUAAUCUUCGCAAAAAAGAAUUAGAGGUCGUACCUCGUCCAGGAUACGAUCGAAGACCUAACGAUAUUUGGAAGGAUAAGUUUGGCAACGACCAGAAACUCGACGGGGCAAAUAAACAUCAACAAAACAUCAGUGGCGUUCCAAAUACGUUCGAUGAGAAAUUGAAAUCAGAGAAGACCACAACCGAACCGAUGACGGGCGAUUACAGACCACAAUCUGCUACUAAUCCUGCAGACUUCCAGCCGAAGCAUACCUCCCAUCUGUUUAUGAAGCGAUCACAAUUGAGAAGCGGUCAAGAUUUUUGCGCGCCGAGACAGUUUAAUUACAAUCACGGCGAGCUUGACAAGAAGUUUGUCGAACCGCUCAACUUUACUCCGAUGAAGGUGAUUGAUUACGGACACGCAUCUCGUCUGCCAAUUGCGGAUCAGCAUUUGUCGCCUGUUCAGUGCUUCGAUUACGGUCACGGUGAUCUGAAACCGGUGGUACUGGAUCGCGAACAGCAACAGCAACAUCAUCAUCAUUAUCAGAAGAAGGAUUUUAGAAACUGGGUAGAGAACGAGCAAAAUCUGAAGGAGUACGCCGAGAAGAUGAGUAACUAUGAGAAUUCGAAAAGAUAUGUGGAAAAAACGAGAAAUUAUGAGAACUACGAUACGCGUAGAUCGGCAGAUAAUUAUAAUAAACGGAAGGAACACGAUUGGCAAUCUAGUGACAAAAUACCCGAGAUAGAGAGAAAGGACAAUGAUGAUCGUAAAGAAAAAGGGUACAAUCCUGAAUCGGAAUCCCUUUUUGAGCGAAACUCUGGUAACGAGCAGAGUGAUCUAUACCAAAGCGAUAGAAGCAUUCACAAAGAACGGGUUCAAGAGAUACGUGAAAGUUCGCGAAGGGAAAUAAAUAAAGACAAUGACAAAGAUGAUAACAGAUCGAAAGGAAAUAUUAACUGGCAGGAGAGUUCGAACAAGAACAUCGUAGACACAAAGCUACAAGAGACCAGUCUUCCCCUAGACACAAAGAAAAAUGUUGUGGAAUCAACUACAAAAACUCUCGAAUUGGCAAAAAUGUCGAACUACACGAUGGUCGAUGAUUUACUGUGCCCACCAGGUCGUCAGAACAGACCAUUGAAAAUAGCCAUUAUUCUCAGAGGACCACCUGGUAGUGGUAAAUCUUUCGUGACUAAACUUAUCAAAGAUAAAGAAGUUGAACAAGGAGGCUCUGCGCCGAGGAUAUUGAGUUUAGAUGAUUAUUUUCUCGUCGAAAAGGAAAUAGAGACUGUAGACGAUAAUGGGAAAAAGUCACAGUUAAGGUAGACAGAAAUGAUAUAUGAAUAUGAAGAAGCUGUGGAACAGAGUUAUGUAACAUCUCUAAUUAAAGCCUUCAAGAAAAAUAUAACAGAUGGGUUUUUCAAUUUCAUCAUAUUGGACUGCAUCAACGAGAAGAUUUCGGAUUAUGAAGAAAUGUGGAGUUUCGCUAAGACGAAAGGUUUUAAAGUAUAUGUGUGCGAGAUGGAAAUGGAUCUGCAGAUAUGCUUGAAAAGAAAUAUUCACAAUCGUACCGAAGACGAAAUUAAUCGGAUAAUAGAUUACUUUGAACCAACGCCUAGUUAUCAUCAAAAGUUAGAUGUGAACUCGAUGUUGCAAGAGCAGGCAAUAGAGGAGGUCGAUAUGGAGGAUAGCGAAGAAACACAGGAGAAAUCUAUUGCUCAGAAUGAGGAUAGUCAAGACAGUCAUGAGGACAGUCAAGAUACAAUUGGUGUCAGCAAAUGGGAGAAAAUGGAAGUUGAAGAUAAAUUAGAUCGAUUAGAUGGUUUAGCAAGAAAGAAAAAUGAAACAAAACCUCAAACUAUGGAAGAUUUCCUCCAAGUUCCUGACUAUUAUAAUAUGGAAGAUACGUCUGGUAAAAAACGAGUACGUUGGGCUGAUCUGGAAGAACGUAAGGAGCAGGAGAAAAUGCGCGCCGUCGGAUUUGUCGUUGGACAUACUAAUUGGGAUCGAAUGAUGGAUCCUACAAAGGGCGGAAGCGCUUUAACACGCACAAAGUUUUUCUCACUAUCAUAAAGAUUGAUAGUUUAAUGCUGAGUACUGAAAAAGAAGUGGAAAAAAAUUCAAUUGGUACAUCCUACUUUUUAUAGUGUUUCAUAAGCCUUGUAGUGUAUAAAAAUAACUAUGAAAGAAUACGAAUUUUUUUUAAAAAAAUUAGAAAUAUGAAAAUUGCAAAAAAUAAGAUUAUAAGUUUAAUAUAUUCAGAUAAGAUUGUAAAUUUUGUACAUAAUAGACGAUGUGUGUGUAUGUAUUACGUAUAGAAUAUAAGAUUUUAUGUACAAGAAAAGUGUAAUAAAAAAAUAUAUCUCUCCGUUAUUAUACAUAAAA